UUCCCCACAUUUCUAACAAUACGACGCCACUUUUAUGUACUUUUGUUCAUCUUUAUAUUGUAAUAAUUAAUACGGUUUCUAGAUAUUUUGUUAUUAAUUCCGUUGAAGUAAAUUGUACUAACAACUAAAUAUUAAUACGUGUUCAUUUAGUGCAUUUAUUAAUGUAAAUGUGAGUUGAUUUAAACGAAGCGGUUUUUGCUAAUACAUACGCGUCCUUUGAUAUCCCUUUCUUAAAUUUGGAUAACAUUUCGGUAGUAGGUAAAAUGGAUCCGAUUGCGCCGAAAAGAUCAUUAUCUGCAUUCUUCUGGUUUUGCAAUGAGGAACGCAGCAAAGUUAAGGCUGCGAAUCCCGAAUAUGGCUUUGGCGAUAUUGCCAAGGAGCUUGGUCGUAAAUGGUCCAAUGUGGAUCCAGAGGUUAAACAGAGGUACGUGUUAAUGGCCGAGAAGGACAAGGCGCGCUACGACCGUGAAAUGACUGAGUUCAAAACCAGCGGGAAAAUACCCACGAAGUAGAAAAUUUUAUUCUUCAUAUUACUCACUGCCAGUAUAAAACCAAGUGCGACUUUCAUAAAACCAAUAUCACAUGCAACAGAGUAUUUGCCAUGCAGCAAAAUAGAAACAUAAAAAACUUAUCAGCGA